AUGGAAAAGGAAGACAUUAUGGAAAGACAAGAACAGAAGCCGGUAAUGAAUAGUGCUCAGUGUGAUAAAUAUAGCGCAGUUGAUUUGAGCUUGGAAGAGGUUGAAGAGGAAAUCCGUCUUGAAAAAAUUCGACAAACAUCACUUAAAUUUUCAUGGGAUUAUUUAUCACAACUUCUACGUCGAAAUCUUAUGGAGAAACGUUUUGUACUCAGUGCUGAUGACAAGGAGGAUUUGAUGCAGGCAGCAGCUGAUAUGAGAAAAUAUAUGCCAUCAGACAGUGACCGUGAUCUAUCUACACAUUUAAGGCAUCUUGCUGAAAGCUUGUCAAGUGAUUUCCAAGCUCAUCCAGGAUAUUACAAGAUUCGAAAUGCAGAUUUUUCACUUGAAAUUACUGUCUCUCUUGACGGGCAACAAAUUACCAGUUGUUCAGUAUCUUGGUUUGGUGAGCGGGCAGUGGAAGCGCAAGCACUUCGGCUUUACGUUUCUCGAAACAGAUGGGAUCUGAUCCACACAGCAUUGACAGCUAUGUUUCAUCUUGUUCCAUCAGAUUUGUCGAGGGACGAGAAGAUAUAUUGUUUGCGAUCACUGGAGUACGCUGAAAAAGAUCUACUGAAUAUGUCUGGAAGUGCUCCAUCAAUUUUUGAACAAAUAAACGGUGGUAUUUUGGGUCUCUGUAAGCCACGAACCGAAUCAACUCCAUUCACCAUUUACCCGUUCGUCGAACCUGUGAUAUUCUUAGAUGCUGCUUCCGGUGGUAUCAUAUCUCCUACCGAUGAACAAGUAUUGUAUGAUGUGGAGCCAUAUCUUCAAUUAUGUGUUGUUUCGAGUUCAACUCCAAACUUCUUCUCCGAUACUACGCUUUUUGCCCAUGGGGAGUGGCGCAAUGCUGUAUCAGGCCGUCAGUUACCGGCAGCAUUUUGUUUGCGAUUUUCAAGACCAAUUAUAUUUUCAUCAGCUGCAAUCAAAAAGCUUUCUAAAAUUGCCUCAGUUCAGUUGAAUGUUGAAGGCUCUUAUAACUUGUAUCAGUAUUUGUUGAAUGAAAAUGAGGAAUGUCAUGAUCUUUUUGUUCGUUUACCAGGCUGUUCGACACAACAUUAUAUUUUUGAUGACUCCAUGAAGUCUUCGCAGGAAGAUGGUAUUUUAAGACAGAUACUAUUUGCUCAUUUGCAAGAUGUGGUUUUUCUUGUGAGUAUCAUUCGAACACAACUGGCUCAUAAUGCCUUCUUCGAGAGUCUUGUGAGAGCGCAUAGUCGUAGUGCAUGUGUUGAUGAAAAUGUUGUUGAUAUUCAUAUUGCAUCUUCGUACAUCGACUGUUUUGAUCUCCAGUUUUAUCUGAAAAAGAAUUUCUUUAUAGCACGUGUCGCUGUAUCACCGUCAAAUAUUAAUGUUUCACUAGAAUGCGUAAUAAAUGGAGCGGUACUUCCCGAAUCACAGCAUGCCACAGCUAUUCUUGCAAAAAGUUGGUCGCUGGCAGUAAUGAUGCGAAGUGUUUUGCGGCGUGGAGGAGCCAUUUCGUUGGCUGCGCUUGAAAAACCAUUUGUGAUGAGCGAAAAUGUUGAUAAUAACUGCGACGUUAAAAUAUCACAAUCUUGGUUGUUUGUUCCAAACAUAACGGACAACAGUAUUAACUACAACAAAACAGAACAUGAAUACGUGGUGGAUGAACGAAUUAGUCUUAAUUGUUCAUGUGAUAGCAACGCUUUAGGAAGGCAAUCACCACUGUCUUUAUUAGCACUUUUUAAAGAGCUUGAAAAGAUAGAAGAACUGAUACCACCUCAGAAACCCAUGAACGGAGCGCAACAAUGUACGGCACCUCCACGUAACGAAAUGCUUGCACCACGUACGAGUCGUAUCCAUUCUGAAAAUACGAUGACGAUCAAUGCCUUCUCUGUCCUGAGCCAAAGACUUCGUCCACAGAUACCGCCGCAAUCGCCGUCUCCAGCAAGCGAACGUUAUCGUGCUUCCCAAGCGGGAAAUUUUUCACAGCUUUCGCCGCUCGAUAUUGCGCGUCAACGUCUUGCGCAGCAAGCGCCGAUGAGCAAUCCUACAGACAUCUUUGAAUUUGAUGAUCCACCUCGUAUGAACUCAGCAGGUUCGAUGGGAACACCAGCUCAACAGUUUCAUUUUCCAGAAGCAGGACAAAGUCCAUAUCCUUUUGCAGCUGUGCAAAGUACUAGAGGUCCAUUGAGUGCUCAGCCGACUCUGAAGCGGCGAGGUCGAGGUCGUAAGGCAGGAAAUGUAGGUGACCGAAUGUUGGAUCCUGCUCGACCAAUUCUUGAUCAGAAUACUGGUUUGAUGUUUCGUGGUAUGAAUAUUCCGACUCGCAAGCCUCGAGGGACUUCGACAGCGAGGCGUCCUCGAAGACCACGUAAAGCUGCUCAUAUGCCUGCGUCUCCUGCACAUUCACAUCAAUUUGCCUUAAAUCGCCCUAUGUUACAACGUUCGUUCUCUGAAAUGCCAGUUUAUCCUUCACAAAUGCCACCUGUCAGCUUGUCGCAAGAAAACCGAUCAGAAGCAUCUGAAUUCGAUGGAACUGAAGAAUCAUCCGAUGAUGAAACUGACCCACCGCCUCCUGUCUGUACUACUGCCUUACCGCAGCCGUCAUCUCAACUUACUGUGAGUAGCAGUGCUCCGGUACCACAGACAACCGUUGUCGGAAAUCUUUCAUCUUCAUCGGCAACUUUACCAAUGGUUAAUAAAUGUUCGUCCUUAACUACCGCUUCAUGUCUUCCAUCCAUUCCAUCCAGCGCUCCAGCAACGGAACUUACACCUCCAACCAGUUCAUCUCCAACAUCAACCAGUAACAGUUCAAUGCAAUCAGCGGCACUCUUAGCCCAUAAAGCGCGCAAAGGAAGUCUGGAAGCUGUUGUAGGAAAGUUACACUGUAAAACAGCACCGGCAAGCAGUAGCAGUUCGACAACAUCAAAUCCGUAUUUGGCCUCCGAUUUAUAUGACGAUGAAUCGGAACCAGUUAGUAAACCGCCUGAGCCAGUUCCUGCUAAGCGUGAUAGUCCAUCAUUAUCAACAUCAUCUCCUGGGGCACGAAUGUCACCAAAUCUGGCAAAGAUGAAUGCAGAACAAUCGGGUUAUGGUUCAGAGUUGAAAAUAAUGAUUAAAUUGAAACAGCAAGCAUCUACGCGACCAUCUACUGGACCAUCGCAAUCUUCAUCGGGUGGUGUGCCACCGUCUAUGCGCUUGGUUGGCCAGCCUCCUUCUUCAUCAAGAUCAAAGGAAGAAAAAGCACUGUUACGACAAAAACAGUUAAAAGAGAAAAAUCGAUCUGCCCCAGAUGAACGUGCUCGGAAGGCGGGUAAAAGAGAGCGUAAGGGUGAACUUAGUAGUAGCAGUAGUAAGAAGCUGAAACUGGAUCGGCCAUUAAGUGAGCAGAAAACAGCGACAAUUUCACCAAAAGUUGAAUUUCCACAGGCACUUGCAUUUGCUAGCCUGAAAAAUUUUAAGAUACCAAAGGUAAUGGAAAAUGAAAAAUGUGAAAGCCCGACGCCAACAACAACAACAACACCAGCUGUAGCUACCCCAUCAUCUUCCGGUGCGCAUUUAAACGUUGGUCAAAGUUUGAGCUCUUCAACGAUGCAAGUAGUUUCUUCAACAUCAUUAUCAGCAGCAACAACAGCAACCACAGUAACGGCUACAUCGUCGUCUUCAUCUGCUGGAACAUCUUCGAUAUUUCCACCUAAACCGAAAUCAAUUCUGAAAUCACCAGCUGAGCCACCACCAUCACUUUUUCGAGGAAUGGGUGGUAUGCCGCCAAUGUUACCCGGCCGACGACCAUUGCUACCCGAUCCACGAAAUGUAAUGCAUCAUCCACCAAGAAAUCAAUUUAGACCGCUGGUAGCUCUACCUCGAAUGAUACCGUCAGUGUUGAGUGGUGCUAAUUUCAUGCCACCACCUUCAUCAUCAGGCCGUUGGAUGGCACUAGCACCACAACGACAACCAUCACCUAGGAGUUCACCAUCUGAGCAGUCUGCUCCUAGUUCCGGUUUGUCCGAAACAGCUACAGCUAUGUCGAAAAUGCAAGACAGUCCGACGGAGGCUCUGAAAAUUGUUGCUGACGAGGAAUAA